GCCCGAGGCAGCCUGAGCCUUCGCGACGUUUUUGCGACAACCGGGCCGUGUUCCGCAAGUCCCCUCCCUCCUCUUCUCUCUGAGGAGGUACCGGCUGUUGUACGGCCGCCGCUUUUCUGUGUGAGUGUAUGGAGAGUGAGUGAGUGAGUGAGUGUGCGUGUGCGUGUGCGAGCGGGUGCGAAGAGUGAGUGCGUGUGUGCCAGGAGGAGAGGAGCGCCCGCCGCGGCAGCCCCGCGCUCCCUCCGCAGCCGGAGAGAGGGAGACCGGCGCCCGGGGAGCCGCGGGGACGAGGGCAGCGACACCGCUCCCCACCCCUCCCCCAGCCUCGUCCCUCCGCUCUCCUCCGGCGGGGAGGCCUCCCCGUCCCCACCUUGCCCCGCUGUCCCCCUGGAUGUCCCCGGGGCUGUCGCGGGGCCUCCUGCUGCUCCUGCGGCAUCCGUCGGGCCGGUGCUGCCGCUGCCAGGUGUAGAGCGGGUGGGCUCCCGGGGGCUGCGGCUGCCCGUGCCUCCCCGUUCCCCACCGCUGCCACCCGGCCCCCCGGCCCCGCUCCCCGGCCUCCGAGGCUGUGACAAUGGACUAUGACUUUAAAGUGAAGCUGAGCAGCGAGCGGGAGCGGGUCGAGGACCUGUUUGAAUACGAGGGCUGCAAAGUUGGCCGAGGCACUUAUGGUCACGUCUACAAAGCCAAGAGGAAAGACGGGAAGGACGAUAAAGACUAUGCUUUAAAACAAAUAGAAGGAACCGGGAUCUCUAUGUCAGCAUGUAGAGAAAUAGCAUUACUUCGAGAGCUUAAGCAUCCAAACGUCAUCUCUCUUCAAAAGGUGUUUCUUUCUCAUGCUGAUAGGAAAGUGUGGCUUCUGUUUGACUAUGCUGAGCAUGACCUCUGGCAUAUAAUCAAGUUUCACAGAGCUUCUAAAGCAAAUAAGAAGCCAGUUCAGUUACCUCGGGGAAUGGUGAAGUCACUAUUGUAUCAGAUCCUAGAUGGGAUUCACUACCUGCACGCUAACUGGGUCUUGCACAGGGAUUUGAAACCUGCUAAUAUUUUAGUUAUGGGUGAAGGUCCUGAGCGAGGAAGAGUAAAAAUUGCUGAUAUGGGCUUUGCCCGAUUAUUUAAUUCACCUUUGAAGCCUUUAGCAGAUUUGGAUCCAGUAGUUGUAACAUUCUGGUACCGAGCCCCAGAACUACUGCUUGGAGCAAGACAUUAUACCAAAGCUAUUGAUAUUUGGGCUAUAGGGUGUAUAUUUGCAGAACUACUAACGUCAGAACCAAUAUUUCACUGUCGACAAGAGGACAUCAAAACUAGUAAUCCUUAUCACCAUGACCAGCUGGACAGAAUAUUCAAUGUAAUGGGAUUUCCUGCAGAUAAAGAUUGGGAAGAUAUAAAAAAGAUGCCUGAACAUUCAACAUUAAUGAAAGAUUUUAGAAGAAAUACGUAUACCAACUGCAGCCUUAUCAAGUAUAUGGAAAAACAUAAAGUUAAGCCAGAUAGUAAAGCAUUCCACUUGCUUCAGAAGUUGCUCACCAUGGACCCAAUAAAGCGAAUUACCUCAGAACAGGCCAUGCAGGAUCCCUAUUUCUUAGAAGACCCACUUCCUACAUCAGACGUUUUUGCCGGUUGUCAGAUCCCAUACCCAAAGCGAGAAUUUUUAACAGAAGAAGAACCUGAUGACAAAGGAGACAAAAAGAACCAGCAGCAGCAGCAGGGCAAUAACCAUACGAAUGGAACUGGCCACCCAGGGAAUCAAGACAGCAGUCACGCACAGGGACCCCCGUUGAAAAAAGUUAGAGUUGUUCCUCCUACCACUACCUCAGGUGGACUGAUCAUGACCUCAGACUAUCAGCGUUCCAAUCCACAUGCUGCCUAUCCCAACCCUGGACCAAGCACAUCACAGCCACAGAGCAGCAUGGGAUAUUCAACUACCUCCCAGCAGCCUCCACAGUACUCUCAUCAGACACACCGGUACUGAGCUGCACCGGAAUCACGUCAUUGCACUGUUGCUAUGCUGCGGGGUGGACUGUGCGGCUCUCCGCAGAGCCUGGCCUGGGCCACGAGAAUGUACUGUGCAACCACGUCUUCAGAAUGUCCAGCCGCCGAGUCCCACCACUUUUCACAGAUUGGGGUAGUGGCUUCCAAGUUGUACCUGUUUUGGAGUUAGACUUGAAAAGAAAGUGCUAGCACAGUUUGUGUUGUGGAUAUGCUACUUCCAUAGUUUACUUGACAUGGUUCAGACUGACCAAUGCAUUUUUCAGUGACAGUCUGUAGCAGUUGAAGCUGUGAAAUGUGCUAGGGGCAAGCAUUUGUCGUCGUAUGUGGUGAAUUCUUUCAGUGUAACAACGUUAUCUGACCAAUAGUGCACACACAGAGAACUGUUUAACUGGUACUUGAAACAUACAGUAUAUCUUAACUCAACAAAAUAACCGAGACUCAAAAUGAGAUUAUUUUGGUACACCUUUCUUCUUAGUGUCUUAUCGGUGGGUGGAUUCAUUUUCUACAUUAAUCAGUUGUUUUUUUUUUUUGACCAAGAAAAAUGCCUGGGUUUUUUUCAAAAUACAAAAA